UCAGAGGCUGGCAAGAGAGAGACACGACCAUGUGGCGGCUUCAGCGGCAUCCUCUGCAGGUGUGCGUCUGGCGGUGGGCGGCGACGACGGCGGCGUGUCUGCUGGUGGCGCUGCCGGCGGAGGAGGCGGAGGCGAGGGCCACCAAGCGCAGCGUCACCGACACCUCCGUCAUGGGCUACCUCACAGAGCGGACGUGCUGGUGGAACGAGAUCUGCAAGGAGGAGUUCCAGACGCUGUUCCGCUGCAAGUGCCCCGUGUGGUCGUUCUGCCGCAGCCCGGGCCGCUACUACAACGCGUUCUGCACGAUGACGGGCACCGGCUACAUCUGGACGCAGCCCGAGCCGUCGUGGGGCCGCCGCCAGAGCGCGCCCGCCGCGGACUUCGACGCCGCCGACCCGCAGCAGCGCGCCAGGCCGAGCAAGAACAAGUCCGGCAAGGGCAGCCGGUCGUCGAGCAGGGCGACGCAGGGCGGCGCCUAGCGGCCGCCGGCCACCCCGCGGCCCAGGGCCGGCGCGGGGCUCGAACCCACGGCCG